AUGCUCCGGCUGAAUCCCGAGACUGGGGAUAUGGACGAUAAGACCCGGGUGGUGGACAGAGCGCUCCAUUCGUGGCGACUGGACGGUAUGGACCAUGUGGAGCGCACGCUCGCCGAGACCAUCCGACGCAUCUCAGCCCGCUACGUCUUCUCCGAGUCGGAUGCAGCAGAGUGGUGGACCGUAGCCGCGCAGUUCCUUGCUGGGCGAUGGCAUCAAACGCACCCGCAGCACGCAGAGAUCAAGGAGAUCCUUCAUCUCCAGCUGCAGCUCUUGUUCCAGGGUCAUUAUCGGCCAUUGGUUUUGACUUCGUUGCUCUGA